AUGGGCCUCCUCGACAUCAUCUACGCUCGCGCUGGAUCGCUCAACCCCGUCUCGCCCCCCGUCGGGCGCUACCCGCACAUGAUGCGGGACACGGAGACCACCAUGGCCAUGACGGAGCGUUUGCUCUCCUUUUCUGGCGACGACUACAGCAUCAUCAACUCCGAGAACCAGGAGACGCUAAUGAGCGUCAAGGGCAAGGUGUUUUCGUUCCAUGACCGCAAGAACGGAAACAUGCUCUACAACAUGUCCGACAAGAAACUGAGCACAGGCGAGGCCUUUGUUGUCGAAGACGCAAAGGGCAUGGACGUGCUGAGCAUCAAGAAGAAGUGGAGCCUCGGAUCCAAGCUCGUCGCAUACCUCCUCCAAGACGGCGACGAGCGGCAGAUCACGCUGAGCGGCGACUUCUGGGGUGGGAGCGCCAACAUCAAGGACUGGGAGGGGCGUGCGCUAGCGCAUAUUGCGCGUGACGUCGUGAACGUCAACGAGGCUGCAGCGGACCAGCAGACUAAUGAGGAGGAGAAGAACGAGUGA